CGCACAUGUGUGCUGUGCAGUAUAUCGUGAAUGUGACCGAACCAAGAUGCUUAGUGACGGUGAAGCUAAAGAACUGCUGUCAUUUCUUAUUUUGAAGAUGAGAGCUGAUGUCAAAGGUCAGGCUACGGGAUACAUCCUGGGCCUCACAGGAAACCGGGAUGGGUGCCGGUACCUGCGGUCCAAGCCAGACUUUCUCAAAGCCUUGGUGACUCUAACCUGCGACCCCUCCAUCUCCAUUGUCAAGGACUGUUAUCAUGCCCUGAUUAACCUCUCAGCAGAUGAGACUCUUCACCAGCCUUUGGUCAAAGAGACGGACUUACUGGCCAGACUGUUCCAGAACCUCCUGGACCCGGAAUAUAUGUUUGCAGAUCGGAUUUGUACUAUCCUCAGUAACCUGAGCCGACAUGAGCGGACGUGUAGAGAUGUGUUCAACACUGUGCAGGAGCAGAAGAUCGGACUGGACAAAGUGGUGGAGAUCUUCUGCACGGAGGGUUUCAAUAAGAAAGCUUCACUUCAUUAUCUGGGACCGCUGCUGUCCAACCUUGCACAGCUGCCUGAGGCACGACACUUCAUCCUGGACAAGGACAAGUGUGUGAUUCAGAGGCUUCUGCCGUACACACAGUACGAGGAAUCGAGCACCAGGCGAGGAGGGGUGGUGGGAACACUCCGAAAUUGCUGCUUUGAAUAUGCUCAUCAUGAGUGGUUGCUCAGUGAUGCGGUGGAUAUUUUACCAUACCUUUUAUUACCAUUGGCUGGACCAGAAGAGCUCUCAGAGGAAGAGAAUGAAGGUUUGCCGGUGGACUUGCAAUACCUGCCAGAAGAUAAAAGAGAGAGAAGAUGAUCCUGAUAUCCACAUUAAGAA